ACAGUGACAGAUGACGGGUUGUGUUAUGUGCCUGUGAUUUCCAAAAUAAAAUAAAACCAAAACAAUCCAUCAGGUUUUGUGAAAAAUUGUGAUUUUAUCAUUGUGCUUUUAGUGUUUUUAUAUACUACAAUUAGACAGAGCUUUUGUUUAUAUAAACAUUCCGGUCUAUUGACCAGUAACGCCCGCAAAAAUGCAGAAUAGCCAUCAUUCAGGUCACCCAAAUGUGGCCAUGAAUAUGCGCGAAAAAGAAAAGUAUAUUGAAAAUUUCUGUUUUCCCUUCUGCGAGGAAGCCUCCAAGUACCAAAAAGUAGCUAAAAUAGGUCAGGGAACGUUCGGCGAAGUCUUCAAAGCCAGAGACAUCAGUAACCCCAAAAAAUUUGUAGCUAUGAAGAAAGUUCUUAUGGACAAUGAAAAAGAAGGUUUUCCCAUAACAGCCCUAAGAGAAAUUAGGAUAUUACAGCUUUUAAAGCACGACAACGUUGUGAACUUGAUAGAAAUUUGUAGGACUAAAGCCACUUCUGCCAACAGAUACCGAUCAACAUUUUAUUUAGUGUUUGACUUCUGUGAACAUGAUUUAGCAGGACUGCUCUCAAAUGUUAAUGUUAAGUUUAGUUUAGGUGAAAUUAAGAAAGUUUUACAACAGUUACUGAAUGGACUAUUUUUCAUCCAUUACCAGAAAAUUCUACAUAGAGACAUGAAAGCUGCCAAUGUUCUGAUAACAAAAAACGGUGUCUUAAAACUGGCCGAUUUUGGGUUGGCCAGGGCAUUUAGUACAGUUAGCACUAAUAAAAAUGGACUUCCUAAUAGAUUUACAAAUCGGGUGGUGACACUCUGGUAUAGGCCACCCGAACUUUUAUUGGGAGAGAGAAAUUAUGGACCUCCAGUAGAUUUAUGGGGUGCAGGCUGUAUUAUGGCUGAAAUGUGGACCAGAAGUCCUAUUAUGCAGGGUAACAGUGAACAACAGCAGCUUACGUUCAUAUCUCAACUAUGUGGGUCAAUAAAUCCUCAAAGUUGGCCUGGCGUCGAGAACUUAGAGCUGUAUAAGAAAAUGGAUCUGCCACAAGAACAAAAGCGAAAGGUCAAAGAACGCCUGAAACCCUACAUGAAAGAUCCAUACGCGAUAGAUCUGCUGGACAAGUUGCUCGUCUUAGACCCUUCGAAAAGGGCGGACGCCGACACCGCCCUAAACCACGACUUUUUCUGGACGGACCCGAUGCCUUGCGAGUUGGGAAAAAUGCUCGCGAACCACACGCAAAGCAUGUUCGAGUUUUUGGCACCCGCCAGACGUGCCACGCAAAUCAAUAGGCAUCAUUCGAUGCCCAGGGCAACCACGUCCGCCGUACAGGACAGUGGAUAUCAAGAUCGGGUUUUCUAAGUUUUGUAAGAAAAACAUAAUAUUUCCCGUUUUUUAAAAUUAAUAUUUAGUUGAAAUUUCAUUUAACGAUUAUACAGAGUGUUUUUGAUUAAAUGAUUCUUAGGGGUGUGAACCCUUAGGAGGUGGAUUUUUAGAAGGAUUUAGACUUUAAGAUUCAACAUCUUAUUGUGAAACGCCCUUUAGUUUACUAAAUUAUUAAGAAUUAAAUUUGAAGUGUUCAUCAGUUUGGCAGAUGUUUUUCAUAGUUUCUCGAAGUUUUUCCAAAAAGACCAAUAAAUCAAAUUCAGAGUUCACCAAAAAACGGCCAGGGGGUUAUACAUUUUUGUUUUUAAGUUUUCUUUUUAGACCAACUGGCAAAAAAAAAGGUUUCAUGGAUUUUUUAAAAUUUCAAAUGCCAGGUUUAUUUCACUAAUGUUGUAAAGAAAAUAAUUUUUAAUACAGGAACUGUUAGAUAUUAAGUAUAUUGUACUUAAUAUUUAUACUAUCAGGAUGAAAAAUUAGUUUUCACACCAUUUCUCAUAGUCAAUAUGUUCCUGACUAUAUAAGAGAUAUUGCUUUUAUAUGCCUAAUUUAAAUUCAAUAUUUUUUCCACAGAAAAUUAGGUUUUUUUAACCACUUGAUACUUGUAAAUAUGAAUAAUUCAAUAAAUGCCUUAUAAACAUA